AUGUUUACCACUUGUUUAGUGUGUGUUUGUAUUCACUGUUUAGUCAAAACUUUGAAUACAAUUCGAGUCAUUAAAUGAAUUGAAGACACAAUACAUGUCUUGUAUGAAGACAUUACUUAUGCUAUCAUUUUGAAUGACAUUUGUCUACAAAUCUUAAACAAUCACACAAUGGAUCCACAAAUGACACAAACAGAAUUGACAGCAGACGUGAACAAUACUGAGUCGACAAGUGGUGACCCAAAUGACAACAAUGAAGACCAAAACAAUGAAGAGUUGGACCAAAAACAACUGAUUCACGCGUUUAUCAAUGAAUGCGAAGAACGGCUAAAACUGAAACAAAGUCAAAGACAUGAAAACAGUAAAGAAAACAUCAAAUAUCCUGAAGAAUCGUUUUUUGCACGAUUGGACUCUUCCAUCAAAAAGAAUUCAACAUUUGUCAAGAAGUUGAAGAAUAUGACGGACGCACAGAAAGAGUCCAUUUUUAAGGACAUGAAUGGUCUUAAUCUAAGUAAAUAUAUCUCAGAAGUGGCCAUUUCUAUCGUUGAAGCGAAGAUCAAACUCAACGAAAUACCGAUGGCUAUAAAGAUAUGUUCGGCUCUCCAUCAAAGAUAUCCCGAUUUUUCUGGACAACUACUCGAGUCGUGGCUUAAAAAUUUUCCGAAGAAAGCCGGCGAUUCAAUUAACGCAUCAAAAAUGCGAAUAGAUAUUCGGUUGUUUGCUGAACUAAUAUCUUCGGGUAUUUUUACACUCAAAGAAGGACUUCCAGUUUUAGGAAAUCUGUUAACAUUAUUAACGACCACCGAUAAAGAAAAUCAUCAAAAUCUUAAUAUAUUGUUAGCUUUUUGUCGUCAUUGCGGCGAUGAUUACGCAGGAUUUGUGCCGCGAAAGAUGCGAUUGUUGUCCGAAAAGUAUUUGUUGUCAAUACCUCAGAGUGUAUUUCUUCAAACUGAUCGCAAAAAAGGCGUUCAAAAUCUUUUACGCGAAUAUUAUCGAUCGUUGUGUUCACAUGUUGUCAAUGAUCACAAACAACUUCAGAAUCAAGAGAAACAAAUCAGAAAAACACUUCAAAUGAAAGGUGAAAUUCCUAAGGAAAGAAAAAUGAAGUUUGAGACCAAACAACUUGAUUGGCAAAAGUUGUGGUCAUCUACUCAACAAUACGCUGAUAUUGUUGACGAAGAUUUACCCAUUUUAGCACCGGAUUUGUCAGAGUUUUCCGAUGAUAAUGACGAUACUAACGCCACAAUGAAUUUUGAUGUUUCUAAUAGAUUCAAAGGACAGCCUGAGUUUGAAGAGGGAGCUCUUUGGGAGGAUGAAGACACCCGAAUAUUUUAUCAACACUUACCUGAUUUGAAAUCUAUAAUACCAUCGAUUUUAUAUAAAGAUUGUGUAAAAGAGGCUGAAAUUAAAUCAGAACAAAAUGAAAAUAAAGACGAGAAUAAAGAUGAAGAUAAAGACGAGAAUAAAGAUGAAGUUAAAGAUGAAAAUAAAGAUGAGAUAAAGACAGAUAAUGACGAAACAAUUAUUGAGUUAAUCGAUGAUAUUGUCGAUAUAGAUGAUGAUAUUACAGAUCCUGCAGAACCUGUUGUCGACAUUGAAGGCGAUGAAAGCGACGACGACUCUACAAAAGGGGCGGCAAUUAAAGUGUCAAAUAAAGUACUUUUGGAACAGUUUUUCAAUUCAAUGCUUCAUUGUGUUAACAGAGAUGUUAUCGAUAAGGCGGCCAUCGAUUUCUGUACGAAUCUUAAUACUAAAUCUAAUCGCAAGAAAUUGGUCCGAUCGCUGUUUACUGUUCCGCGAACUCGACUCGAUUUGUUGCCAUUCUAUUCACGUUUUGUGGCACAGAUAUCACCAAUUAUGCCAAAUAUUGCCACCGAUUUAGUAGCACUUCUUAAACAAGAUUUUAAAUUUUUGUUCAGAAAGAAAGAUCAAAUAAACAUCGAAAGUAAAGUCAAAAACGUUCGGUUUAUCGGAGAAUUAGUUAAAUUUGAAAUCUUUCCCAAAUCUGAAGCACUUCAUUGCUUUAAAUUAUUAUUAUCAGACUUCCGUCACCAUCACAUUGAGAUGACCUGUAAUUUAUUGGAAACUUGUGGUCGAUAUCUGUAUCGAUCGACUGAUUCACAUUUGCGAACUAAACUUCUUUUGGAUCAAAUGAUGCGUAAGAAAGCUCUCUUACCAUUUGGUUCUCUAUACGCAACAAACAUUGAAAAUGCUUAUUAUUUUGCUAAUCCUCCCGAAUCACAAGCCAUUACUCGAAUAGAAAGACCUCCAAUACAUCAAUACAUUAGAAAAUUACUUUAUCACGACUUAUCCAAAGCAAAUGUGGAUAAAAUAUUGCGACAAAUUCGUAAACUGAAUUGGGAUGACCCGGAUAUGGUUUCCUAUACAAUCAAAUGUUUGAUUGCCAUAUGGAAUGUCAAGUUCUUCAACGUCCGAUGUGUCGCCAAACUAUUAGCCGGUCUCAACUCAUUUCAGGAGUGGAUCGCACCUCAACUAAUUGAUGGCGUACUCGAAGACAUUAGGCUUGGAAUGGAAAUGAAUUUACCGAAAUACAAUCAAAGAAGAAUUUCAAUGUCUAGAUAUUUGGGUGAACUCUAUAACUAUCGAUUAAUUGAUUCUUCUAUUGUCUUCAAAGUUUUAUAUUCCUUCACAACAUUUGGUGUUAUUUAUGAUCAUUCAGUUUACAGUCCAUUAGAUCCGCCCGAAAAUCUUAUCCGAAUAAGACUUAUUUGUCAACUGUUGGAAACGUGUGGUCAAUAUUUCAGUUCUGGUUUGGCUAAGAAAAAACUCGACUGUUUUCUCUUCUUUUUUCAGAAAUAUUAUUGGUUUAAGAGAACGUAUGAAUUUUAUAAUGAGGACAAUCCGUUUCAUUUCUCAAUGAUUUAUUUAUUCAAAGAUGUAAUACUUUUGUUGAGACCUAAGUUCAAGUUUGCCGACUCCUAUGAGUCCGCCUCCACUCGUGUCGACGAUUUGCUCAAUGAAUUGACUCCUAAAGUUCAGGAGAUUUUACCAAAUUAUAAACUCGAUAGACAUGAGGGACAUACAGAUGAUAUCAGUGAUGAACAAAACUCUGGUUUGACUACAAUUAAGGAAUUAGGAGAAAGUGAUGAAAUAUAUAGUUCUGAUGAUGAAUACGCGCCAAUUGGACAACAAAUUGAGUUCAGACAACGGACAACAACUGAUGAUGAGGACAAUAAUGGCAGUGAAAGUGAUGCUAACAUUCUAUCCGAUACUGACUUACGAGAUCCAAAUGGUCCACAAAGUGGUCCAAAAGUUAUUCACUGUCCUGAAGACGACGACUUUCUAAAAGAUUUCGAUAAAAUGAUGAGUGAAUCGCUAGUCUCCAGAAGUCAAGAAAUGGUCAGAAGUAACACUGAUAUUGUGAUUCCGGUGAAUAGAAAUCAACCGAAAAAAGUUGCUUUUUCUGACAAUUCAGGACUGAAUGAGAUCAAAGAAGAGACUCCAACCAUAAACUUCAUGAUUAUGACUAAAAGUAAAGGCAAUAAACCGGUGCUUAAGAAUGUAGACGUCCCGAUAGAUUCAGAAUUUGUGGCAACUCUUAAGGCUAGAGAAGAGGAAGAAAAGGCUGAAAAGAAAAAUAUUAAAAAAUUGAUUUUAGAUAUUAAUGAGAGACGAGAAAUGGAGGACAGAGACGCUGAACUAGAAAAAGGAACGACAGCUUCGGGAACAACAAACGCCGGUUACCGACGCAAAUAUCAACACCAAAAGGGAGUUCCAGAUGUGGACAUCAUAUUUGGAAAUAGAUAUCAAAAACGAUGAUAACAUGGGAUACACUUCGUUAGUGACAAAUAUAUCAAAUAAUUAACUCAUUAUUGAGAAAACU